GGUCCCGGACGGCAGACCUGGGCAAGAGGGGUGGGACUCACACCGAAGAUGCCACGCUCCUUCCUUGUGAAGAGCAAGAAGGCUCACACCUACCACCAGCCCCGUGUGCAGGAGGAUGAACCGGUCUGGUCUCCUGCCCUUAGCCCCGUUGUCAGGGACCAGGUCCUGAGCAACGACCCUGUCCUCAGCACCCUGUUCCCAAACCAGUGCCUGGACUGGACUGAUCUCAAACGGGAGCCGGGGCUGGAGCUGGACCCAAGCUUGGCCAGGAUGUCAUCAGCACCAGAGGGCUCCGUUGUGAUGUCCCGACCCCAGGAUGGGGACUUGCCACCCUCUGACUCACCCCCGUUCUAUAAGCCCAGCUUCUCCUGGGAUGCCCUGGCCUCGUCCUACAGCCACAGCUACCGGCAGGCCCCCUCCACCAUGCAGUCGGCCUUCCUGGAACGCUCUGUCAGCCUGUACGGCAGCCCCCUGGUGCCCAGCACCGAGCCGCCCCUGGACUUCAGCCUCCGCUACUCGCCGGGCAUGGACGCGUACCACUGCCUCAAGUGCAACAAGGUAUUCUCCACCCCACAUGGCCUCGAGGUGCAUGUCCGCCGCUCCCACAGCGGGACCCGGCCCUUCGCCUGUGACGUCUGUGGCAAAACAUUUGGUCACGCCGUGAGCCUGGAGCAGCACACGCAUGUUCACUCCCAGGGGAUCCCGGCCGGGUCCAGUCCUGCGCCCAGCUUGGCAGUCCCGGGUCGCGAGGCCCCGCCCGAGCCUGAUCCCCCGGGGCCGCGUUUCCUCCGGCAGGAGCGCAGCUUCGAGUGCCGGAUGUGCGGCAAGGCCUUCAAGCGCUCGUCCACGCUGUCCACCCACCUGCUCAUCCACUCGGACACGCGGCCCUACCCCUGCCAGUUCUGCGGCAAGCGCUUCCACCAGAAGUCGGACAUGAAGAAGCACACCUACAUCCACACGGGUGAGAAGCCACACAAGUGCCAGGUGUGCGGGAAGGCCUUCAGCCAGAGCUCCAACCUCAUCACCCACAGCCGGAAGCACACGGGCUUCAAGCCCUUCAGCUGCGAGCUGUGCGCCAAGGGUUUCCAGCGCAAGGUAGACCUGCGGCGGCACCGCGAGAGCCAGCACAACCUCAAGUGA